UCGGGUCUUUCCGGCGAGCCGCCCGAGACGAGCUGCUGAACACGCGCAGCCGAGAGAGAGCGAGCCGAGCCGCCGAAGGAGGAGCCGAGCGACCCGGGAGGAUUGAGCUGCUUUUUACACCCAGUUUUCCGUCGGGGAGACCGGGGAGCUACUGGAGGGGCUCGGGUACUCGAGAAUGAGAGAACUGGAAACAUGAACGGGGCCGUGUACAUCUCGUUCUUCCAGGGCCAGCUGGAGUCCGUGCUAGAGCAGGUCGUCCAGCUCGCCGUGCAGGAAAUCAGCAAGACGGUGGGCUGCAGCCUGAACACGCUGCUGCUGGAGGCGGCCGUGAAGGAGCAGGAGAACCACCGGCUGCGGCUCCGGCUGCAGGCGUGGGAGAGCCGUGGUCGAGGAGGCGACGUCACCCCGCAGGACAAGGCGGGCGAGGGGAGGCCGGGCGGCAGCAGGACAAAGCCCGAGCAGCCGCAGCCGCUGCUUCACGCCCCCGGAGGACGAGGCAUCGAGCCCGGCGUUCUCACCGACAUACGCCGCCUGGAUCAGCGGGGCCGGGUCGUGGACCAGCUGAAGGCCGUCAUGGAGCAGGUCCUGGACUUCGCGGUCCAUGAGCUGACAAAGAUCGUGGAGGCCUCGUUUGACGACCUGCUGCUGGAGAUCACCAAGAUGGAGCGAGAACAGCAGGACCUGGGGGAGACGCUGGACCAGAGCUCCGGGGGAGGGGGAGGAGCCGGGGGAGGGAGGAGGAGGGGGUCGGAGAACGACUCGGUGUCACCCAGCGGCUCUGAAGACACCCGGGAGGAGCUCUCUGAGGUCACAGUGUCCAAAGAAACGCCGGAGACAGACGACCGGGAGCGCCCCCCCGUCCUCUCGGUGUCUCAGGACUGGGUUCCCAUCCUGGACAAGGUCUUUGGUCAGAAGUGGUGCAGUGAUGUCUGGCAGAUCAAGGAGCUGGAUGGAGGAGGAGGAGGAGGAGGAGGAGGAGGAGGAGGAGCCAGAAGAGGAGGAGGAGGAGGAGGAGGAGGAGGUGGUGGUGGGCGGUGUCUAGGUGAGGGUGGGGCAGAUCAGGUGGCGCCUCUCUCCACCCCCUCUGUGACCCUGGAGCCCUCCCCCUCCUCCCCCCAGCAGGACCCCCGCUGGACUCCUCUGGAGGACAUGGAGGUGUUUUCUCCUGAUGAAGAAGCUGCAGACGGUCAGAGGAAGACCACCGGACCCGGAACCCCCCUCAGCCCCACAGGCCACCGCUCCUCUGCAUCGAUGCUCCAUCGUCUCCUGACGCUGCCGUCUCAGCUGCUGGAAGACGAGGACAAAGAGACGAUGUCCGGACCCCCAGAGCGCCCCGGUCCAACCAGAGAGGAGGAGGAGGAGGAGGAGGAGGAGGAGGGUCAGGAAGAGGAAGAGGAAGAGGAGGAGGAGGAGGAGGAGGGGGAAGACGACAAAGGCGACAAAGGGAGGAAGAGGAAGAGGCGGCGUGUCUGGUUAGAGUGUGAGGAAUGUGGGCGUCGGUUUAGCCGCAUGUCUCUGCUGAAGGUUCACCAUCAGACUCAUGCCUCCUCCUCGUCUCUGGCUGGCUCCGCCUCCUCCUCGUCUCUGUCUGGCUCCGCCUCCUCCUCGUCUCUGGCUGGCUCCGCCUCCUCCUCGUCUCUGGCUGGCUCCGCCUCCUCCACUCUCUGCUGCUCCGCCUGCGGGAAGAGGUUCACCUCGGUGACCCGCCUCCACAGCCACAUCCGGACCCAGCACCCCGGGAACCGGUCCUGAAGCGGGAUCAACAGAGCUUCGACAGAGACCAGAUCAGAACCUCAACAGCACUUUAUUGUUAUUAGAUAACAAUGAAAAACAACGCUGAUAAGACAUGAAGUCGAGAUUGGGUCUGAAAACAUUCAGCUUUUUUCAACGUUUUUUAUUUUCGAAAGAAUUCGAACAGAAAAACAAACAACAAUAUUUUAUGAAAACUUAUUUUUCAUGAACUAAUUAAGUUUAAGACAAACAAAGCUGAAUGGAUUGAAGAGACGUUUAUCCAACAGGAAGUAGAGAAUGUUAUUGAAGAGGAGGAGACGAAGGGGAACUCCUCCUCUUCCUCCCGUAGGAGGAAACGAGCUCGUCGCCUCAGCAGCCGGACGUGUGGAGCGUUGUUUCCUGCUUCCUACUUCCUACUUCCUCUGGCAGGGGUUUGUCUUUUUUUUAAGUGCUCUUCUUUUUAUCGUUUCUCCCGACAAACGGACGUGUUACAUUCGGUGGAUUAUCAACCAAGGCAUUCAAGCCAUUCAAGCCAUUCAAGCCAUUCAAGGCAUUCAAGGCAUUCAAGGCAACCAACCAACCACCCAAAUCAGAAACAAUAUGGAGUUCACGAAGAUGCAAAACACACAAACAAUAACAUCGUUUUCUUUCUGGCUUCAGCUAAUUAUUAUUUUCUCCACCGAAAUGAAUCUGAGGGAAUAAAACCGAAGAAGACUCGUUGGAGAGGAAGAUCAGAUCUCUGUUAAACAUACCUCAUUUUAUUUGUGUUUUAUGUGUGUUCCUCUUUCAUUACCUCAGAUGUUCUGUUGUUUUUAAACACAACCUGAAGCUGUCGCGUAACAAUCAAACACAAACAUCUGAGGUCGCUCCGAGACGUGAAGAUCCUCUUCCAGAGGUGAAGGAGCCCAGCGAGGUGUUAUGGAGUACGGAAGCCCAGUGGUGUCAACACAGAUUAAAUGUGAUCUGUCUUUUGAGAACAUGGGAACAUGUUUCACAGACCUUCUGGGCUUCACGAGUGUUUGUUUCAAGUCGGGUUCGUUUCGCAGCUCAUAGGUCGCGGAGAACGUUAAAGUUGAACAACACGACCGAUGAGGAGUUUAAAUGAAACUUGAACAAAGAACCGCAAGAACAGGAAGUAAGAACACAAAUAGUGAACACUUCCAGAUGUUUGUUCUGAACCAGAAACGCACAAAGAACGAGUGGUUCUGUGGUUCUUACGCGACAGCAGCUGCUUCACUGCACUGAACCCGCUGGAACCGGUUGGGGGUUCUCGGCAUCAUGUGACCUGUUCCCCAGGUUUUUGUUUACAAACCCGAGCGGGCGGCGGCUGGAAUUCAGUCGAGGCCACAAGUUCCAUCUUUUAGUAAGUUUUUAUUAACAAAAUGCUAGUCUGUAGACGUAGAGUUAGGGUUCCCCACAGAACCCCCCUCCUGCUAGUCUGUAGACACAGAGCUGGGGUUCCCCACAGAACCCCCCUCCUGCUCGUCUAUAGACGUAGAGUUAGGGUUCCCCACAGAACCCCCCUCCUGCUAGUCUGUAGACGCAGAGCUGGGGUUCCCCACAGAACCCCCCUCCUGCUCGUCUAUAGACGUAGAGUUAGGGUUCCCCACAGAACCCCCCUCCUGCUAGUCUGUAGACGCAGAGCUGGGGUUCCCCACAGAACCCCCCUCCUGCUAGUCUAUAGACGUAGAGUUAGGGUUCCCCACAGAACCCCCCUCCUGCUAGUCUGUAGAUGUAGAGCUAGGGUUCCACACAGAACCCCCCUCCUGCUAGUCUGUAGACGCAGAGCUGGGGUUCCCCACAGAACCCCCCUCCUGCUUGUCUGUAGACGCAGAGCUGGGGUUCCACACAGAACCCCCCUCCUGCUAGUCUGUAGACGCAGAGCUGGGGUUCCACACAGAACCCCCCUCCUGCUAGUCUGUAGACGCAGAGCUGGGGUUCCCCACAGAACCCCCCUCCUGCUUGUCUGUAGACGCAGAGCUGGGGUUCCACACAGAACCCCCCUCCUGCUAGUCUGUAGACGCAGAGCUGGGGUUCCACACAGAACCCCCCUCCUGCUAGUCUGUAGACGCAGAGCUGGGGUUCCACACAGAACCCCCCUCCUGCUAGUCUGUAGACGCAGCGCUGGGGUUCCCCACAGAACCCCCCUCCUGCUAGUCUGUAGACGCAGAGCUGGGGUUCCACACAGAACCCCCCUCCUGCUAGUCUGUAGACGCAGAGCUGGGGUUCCCCACAGAACCCCCCUUCUGCUAGUCUGUAGACGCAGAGCUGGGGUUCCCCACAGAACCCCCCUCCUGCUAGUCUGUAGACGCAGAGCUGGGGUUCCCCACAGAACCCCCCUCCUGCUAGUCUGUAGACGCAGAGCUGGGGUUCCCCACAGAACCCCCCUCCUGCUAGUCUGUAGACGCAGAGCUGGGGUUCCCCACAGAACCCCCCUUCUGCUAGUCUGUAGACGCAGAGCUGGGGUUCCCCACAGAACCCCCCUCCUGCUAGUCUGUAGACGCAGAGCUGGGGUUCCCCACAGAACCCCCUCCUGCUAGUCUGUAGACGCAGAGCUGGGGUUCCCCACAGAACCCCCUCCUGCUAGUCUGUAGACGCAGAGCUGGGGUUCCCCACAGAACCCCCCUCCUGCUAGUCUGUAGACGUAGAGCUGGGGUUCCUCAGGGUGUUCAGAGGUUCUUUAUUACUUUAAUAUCCAUUGUUCCGCCUGUGUGAAGGAAAGUUCAUCUCAGUGUUUUUAGAUUUGAUGCAAUACUUUUGAUACAAAUGUGCCCUUUUUUCUAAUUCAGCAGUCUAAUAAAACCAAAUCUAAAAGCGUUUCAUAUUUCAUAAAGACAUUUUAAAAGCUGGGCCACCGUCCCUUAAUGUGAACUGAUUUGACCUGAGGAGGGUGGUUGUUGUUGUGGUUGUUGUUGUGGUGGUGGUGGUGUCCUUCUUUUGUUAUUAUUUACCUGUUUUAGGUACUUUUUAGUGUUACGAUUCAAAGAAAACCAAUAAAUGUUCACAACGAUCA